CCCGCCCACCCCUCCCGUUCCUACUAGGCUCCCUCCCGAGCGGCGGGGACGAGGAAGCGCAGGCGCAAUUCCAUAGCUCUUGCCCCAGCGGAAGCCACGCCCCCCAAGCCUUAAAGGGCCAGAAACAGCUCAUACAGCUCCAGCCCUUCCGCACUUUCGGGGGGGCGGGGGCGCGCAGGCGCAGUGGAGGCACUCUGCGGUGUGGGUAGCGGUCGCGUAUCAAGUUGCUCUCCGUCCCGGCAGAAGAAGCCAGGGCGCAGAGGGUCCAGGCUCCAUUUUGCUACCCAUUACAUCAAUUGGAAGAGAAAAGUUUGUGAGUUGGGCCCCCAAGUUUGGGGGGACCCGGGCUUGCGGCGUGGAGUGACAGAGGAGGCUCGUUGGAGCUUCCCCAUGGAGCCCACCCAGCCUGCAGAGGAUCUCAGCCUGACCCAGCAGCCUUCUACCCCAGAAUUUGGGGACCCCGAAGACCCCAGGGGUGAGGCCCCUGACGGCUCAGACACUGUGGUCCUCAGUCUCUUUCCCUGCACCCCGGAGCCUGGGAAUCCUGAACCAGAUUCUGGUACCUCCUCACCUCAAGGGAGCUCCCUAAAGCACUCCACGACCCUCACCAACCGGCAGCGGGGGAAUGAGGUAUCAGCCCUGCCGGCCACCUUGGACUCCCUGUCCAUCCACCAGCUCGCAGCCCAGGGGGAGCUGAGCCAACUGAAGGAGCAUCUGAGGAAAGGAGACAACCUCAUCAACAAGCCGGACGAGCGAGGCUUCACCCCCCUCAUCUGGGCCUCCGCCUUUGGAGAGAUCGAGACCGUCCGCUUCUUGCUUGAAUGGGGUGCCGACCCCCACAUCCUGGCCAAAGAGCGGGAGAGCGCCCUGUCGCUGGCCAGCACAGGUGGCUACACAGACAUUGUAGGGCUGCUGCUGGAGCGCGACGUGGACAUCAACAUCUAUGACUGGAAUGGAGGGACACCACUUCUGUAUGCCGUGCGUGGGAACCAUGUGAAGUGCGUGGAGGCCUUGCUGGCCCGAGGAGCUGAUCUCACCACUGAGGCAGACUCUGGCUACACCCCAAUGGACCUCGCCGUGGCCCUGGGAUAUAGGAAAGUGCAACAGGUGAUCGAGAACCACAUCCUUAAACUCUUCCAGAGCAACCUGGUGCCCGCCACCCCUGAGUGAACGCCGUCUGCCAGGGACUCAGACACUCAGGGAACAAAAUGGUCGACCCAGAGCUGGGGGAACCCAGAACUGGCUUCAAAGGCAGCUCCUGGACAGACGGUGGGAGGGGGCCCUUUCCAAGAGGAACCAAUAAACCUUCUGUGCAGAA